AUGACUGUCCAAGAGAAGACCAAGAUCAAAUCAGUUGCAAUCAUCGGAGCCGGCGCAGCUGGACUGACUUCGUUAUUUGAACUGCUGAACACCAACGAAGAUGGAUCAACCAAUUUGAAAUACAAAAGUGAUGGUGUAUUUGAUGCUGCAAAUACUCAGAGGCCAAAAAUCGUAGCCUUUAAUAAGGUUGUUGCAUUUGAGCUCAACUCUGACAUUGGCGGGAUCUGGAAACCUGCCUUUGAAAAGCCUGACCUAUUGGAUCGGGCUACACUUGACACCGAGCGGUACAACGAACCGUUUGUGAUUCGGCCAAGGACCGAGUUCCCGCUCCAGAUUUUGGAUCGCAAGUACAGUAGGGAAGACCCUCUGGUUACGAAAAAAUCGGAUUUUCCCAGUCCCCAAACAUGGUCCAGCAGUGGCGUCUACCGUCAAUUGUUUUCGGAUGUGCCUCGACGGUACCUUCGCAAUUCAUUCAUUCCGCUCAAAGACCAGGCUUCGGGUACCAAAAGUGACAUAGGUCAAUUCCUCACCAAUUCUGAAGUCACUGCACAGCUUAAACAGUUUUCCGCGAAUUUCAACCUAGCAGAAAAUGUGCGCUUCAACACUGAAGUUAUCAGGGCAAAAAAGCUGAACAAUAGCAGAGGUUGGAAAUUGUUUAUCAAAGAAACUUCGCGGGAUACUCAAUCUGUGAGGUGGUACGAAGAAGAGUUUGAUGGCUUAAUAGUGAGCAACGGCCACUAUUCGAUUCCCUACAUUCCUAAAAUUGAUGGUCUUUCCCAAUGGAACGCUGCAUUCCCGGGCUCGAUUCAACAUUCCAAGAGCUUUAGAGAUCCAAAAGUUUUCAAGAGCAAGCGGGUUGUGUUUGUAGGUACUGGAUUGAGUGGUGUUGAUAUCUUGCAGUACGUCUUUCCCAUUGCCCACGAAGUCAUAGUUUCAAGAACUCCGAAUAAGGAGGAAACAUUUCCUUGGCUGACGAAAGCUGCCACGUCGGAAGGUAUCAUUAUCAAACCAAGAAUCAAGAAGGUAAUGCCUUCGAACAGAACAGUAGUGUUCGAAGACGGAACAGCAGUUUCUGGUGUAGACUACAUCAUUCUGUCCACUGGAUAUCACUGGCAUUAUCCAUUCUUAGACGAGGAAGAAACCGGUGUCAGAGUAGCUCCGGCUCCCAACAAAAGCUUCCCAGAUGGAACAUCAUUAGUUGAUGGAUUAUACUUGAACUUAGUAGCCGUGAAAGACCCGUCUCUGGCUUUUGUAGGCGUCACUGUGACACCCGUCUUGUGGCCAAGUUUUGAACUUGAGGCAUCAGCUAUUGCUGGUCUAUGGUCUAACAAUUUCAGACUGCUCUCAAAGAAAGAGCAGCGUGAUGCGAGUCUUGAAAGAAAGGCGAAAACUGGAGCCAACUUGCUCUUUCAUUAUUAUCCGGGGGAAGUUUUUCAAGAUUAUGUUGACAGCCUCAGGCCAUAUCUCGUCAAGGACAGAGACUGGAAGAAUAUAUUUGAUAAUCGUCACCUUGAUGACCUAGCUAGAUCCUACGUUACUGCAGAGAGGCUCUUUUAUGGUCUAAAGCAUGCUCACAUAGCUGUAAAGGACACUUUUUAG